AUGGCUGCAAAACAGAAUUAUUCUCCUACUCUUUCGUUAGAAACUGUAAGAAAUAACCAAACAUCGACACCAACAUCUUCAACACCUCAUUCUCAACAACAACAAUACAUUGAAGAACGUUCUUCAUCCUCAAUUGACGCGCAUACGAGUGUAAAUACAAUGUCUAAUAACAAUGCACGUCAUUCGCCUAUAGCUACAUCGCCUAAUUCAAAUCGUGAUAACUUUGACGAGGACAACGAUAAUAUGCAAUCGUCGCCGGUGAAUCCAAACAGUAUUACAAAUUUGAAUCUGAGUAACACAUCAAUAUCACUAUCACACUCUUCUUCGAAUCGUUUACAUUCAGAUACAAAUUAUCCUCCGCCUGACUAUCAUGCAACAUCCUCUACUCAUAACAUGACUGGUGAAUCUUAUCAUGCUCAUUAUAAUAUACCACAUCGAUCACCUAUUAAUGAAAAUGAUGAGCAAGAAAAUCAAGAAUAUAAUCUACAAGCACAACUAGAAGAUGACGCAGAUAUCUGUGAUGAAAAUGGUGAUCCCAAGUUUCCACUGGACGACUUAAUUAAAUUAGAAGAACAAUUGAAUCAGACACGAUGGGUUGUGCCCGUUUUGUCUGAUGGUGAAUUGAUCAAAUGUUUGCGAGCAGCGAUUAAAUUAGCAAAACACAAGUUGGAUAUAAAAAGUGAACCUUGUCAGCGAUUUAUACGUGAUAGUUUAGUUAACUCAUUUACAAAAAUUUUGUGCGAUGAAGCUGUUCAGAUGUGGAAAUUAGAAAUAUUCAAACAUAUUUAUCAAAAUUCUAUGUUAUUCAUUCAUUUAUGUGUAUUAAAGCUCGAAGAUGAUUGUUUACCACUACUUGAUGUUCUCGGAAUGUUAAUGAACCCAACUUGUCGAUAUCACCAGUCAAACCUUAGUCGUCAGAGCGAUUAUCAAUUGCCAGACAAUAUUGAGCCAUUUGCUUCCAGUGAUUACCGUGGAACACAAAGGGGUUGGCUUGUUGAUUUUAUAAACCGUUUCGGUGUCCUUGGCGGCUUCGAAAAAGUUCAUUCCCGUUUUAUAUCAACUGAGUUGCAUCCAAAAUUAACUAUAUCCAUUGUCGUCUUAUUACUCAAACCCUGGGGACUUUGUCAUGAUUAUUUAACACCGAAUACAGUUAAAAAAUAUUUUUUUCCCAUUAUCAGUAUUGUUCCAGACUUUUUGGAUCAAUUAUCCGAAAGCGAUCUGAAAUUUGAAACGAAAACUGAGCCAAAAAGUGACACAUUAUCAACGGUCAUCAAAUGGUUGCGUUCAUUAGCAUCGCGUAUACCAGAUAAUGAUAAAUCUUGUCGAAGUUUAGAUGCACUUCGAUUAAAAAUGAUACUACGAAUUUUAAAAACAAAUUCAUUUAGUGGUAAAAUGAAUGCUUUAAAUGAAGUAAAUAAAUUAAUAAUGAGUUUAAAUAUCAAUCAACGUACACAGUCAUUACGAUCAGACGAUUAUGAAACUUUAACAGCUGAUAAAUUAAUCCAAUGGAUUCAAAAUAAUGAAAUAUUAGAUAUUGUUUUACGUGAUUGUUUACAUCAACCACAAUAUGUUGAAAAAUUAGAGAAAAUUUUACGUUUUAUAAUUAAAGAACAAGCAUUAACGAAAGAUGAUUUAGAUAAAAUAUGGAAUUCAUCUUGUGGAAAACAUGAAGCGAUUGAAAAAAAUGUACAUGAUUUAUUAGCAAAAUUAGCAUGGGAUUUUUCACCAGAACAACUGGAUCAUUUAUUUGAAUGUUUCAGAAGGAGCUGGACUCGUGCAAGUAAAAAGCAACGUGAAAAAUUACUUGAAUUAAUUCGACGAUUAGCCGAAGACGACAAAGAAGGCAUGAUGGCUAAUAAAGUACUGGAACUAUUGUGGACAAUUGCACACGACGACCGUUUACCAAAUGAGAUUGUUGAUCAAGCAUUAAAUGCACAUUUAAAAAUUCUUGACUACAGCUGUUUACAAGAAAAAGAGAAAACAAAAUUAUCCUGGAUAGAAAAAUUUAUGGAUGAAGUUAAACAUGAUCAUGGUCAUGUGAUCAUUUCAUUACGUCAGAUUCGUGAAAUUUGUAUGCAAUUUCAUGAGUAUGCGUUUUCACAAAAUAUUCCACGAAUGGUAUCCGGUCCACAUAGCCGCCAACAUGUUAUUGUAGCAUUGGAAAAGAACCAUCAAUUAAUUGAAGUUGUUACAAAAAAUCUGUGUCAAUAUAUGAAAAAUGCAAAGAUCUAUAAAGAAAGUCCAAAAGCAACAUCGCCGGAAGACUACUAUCCUGAUAACAGAUUUAAUCAUAUUCAACAAAUUCAAGAACGUCUUAGCUUUUUGAAGUUCAUUUUGAAAGAAGGUCAUCUUUAUUUGGUGGCUGAUUAUUCAAAGUCAAUUUGGACAUGUCUUGCUGAAGAAGCGGUUUAUCCAAAUGAUCGAGAAUUAUGUUUUCGUUGGUUUGCAGAAUUGGUGAGCGAGGAUUCGGACAUUGAACCAAAAGCAAAUCAAGACUUUUUUGAAAAUCAUGUGAUGAAACUUGAACCAAAUUUAUUAACUGAACUUGGAAUGAGUUGUUUCGAUCGGUUUUUUAAAACUGUCAAUGCUCAAUUGAGAAAACUUGUAUUAAAACGACGUUCAAUUCGUUUACAAAAUGAUGAAGAUUUAGUGGGUAUUGAAUAUUUGUGGAAGUUGAUAUUGAAUGGGUCAGAUGAAGUAGCUGAACGUGGAAUAACUUUAAUUAAAGAAAUUUAUACAAACAUUAGUCCGCAACUAAAAAAAGAACAUAAACGUAUCCAUGAAACAUUUAUAUCUGAGUGUUUUGAACGUUUACGUACAUUGUAUGACAGUAUUAAAGCGAUGAAUAAAGAACACGACUCAAAACAUGUGUUUAAUCAUAAAAUUAAUAGUCUCAUACGAAUUCUAAUUGUUCUGAGAGAAUAUAUGUUAGAAUGUGAUAACUCCUAUCAUAAAGAACGUCUUGUGUUGCCAAUGUCGAGGGCGUUUCGUGGACGACAAGUAACCAUCAUUGUUCGUGUGAACCAGAGUCAAAAUCGUCCAGCAGAUGAGUUCGAGCAUCUACAUCAUUCAAACGAGACAUGGGGACAAAUUCGACGUUCAAUAUACCACCGGUUUAAAACAACUUAUGGUAUUAUUGAAUUACAUCGUAAUAAUGAAUUGAUUCAUCCGUGUGACGAUAAUAAAACACUAGCACAAACAGAAACUCGUGAUCGUCUAACAAUAAUAGCUCGAUGGGUUCAACAUCAAAGCCAAGCGGGUUCAAGUGGUGAAAGCAGUAGCUCCGAAUCAAAUGAUAACAAUAACAAUUCAUCAUCCUCUCAUCAUAGUCGAGUUCUUGAAAAUCCUGAUCUAUCAGUUGAGUCAACAUUACCAUCUGUGAUAUUUUCUCAGAAACAUUCUUAUUGUAAAUUUUUAAUUGAUCUGGCUGAUCUUGGUUGUAUAGAACAAAAUAAUCGUUUACGUGAUACAGCACGACAAAUAUUAGACAUAAUCCCUUUAGACAAAACGAUUACGCUACAACUAAAUAAUUAUAUUCAUCAAUCAUCAAGUGGUGAACAAAUCGCUUCAGAUGAUAUAUUGAAGAGAUUAGAAAUGUUUUAUUUUCAUACAACCACAACAUCUCAGUUGUUAUAUAAUUUGAAAGCGACGCAUAUUGGUCUAAUGCCGGCAACCGCAUGUCAUCAUAUUGCGGCAAAUCCUAAUCAGAUGACCAGUGUUGAAGCAUUACACGUCCGAUUUUUAUAUGGUGGUGGUUUGACUUGUUUGCUAAAUAUUUUAGUUGGUCAACCAUUACCUACCAUUUCUCCCACUACGAGUCGAUCAUCCAUUACUGUUACAAGUUCCUUUCGUCAUUCUUCCAUUGAUAGUUCAUCGCUUAAAUCUAUUUAUUUAGUUGUAGUGUACAUAUGUAAACGUUUAUUGACCAUACUUGGCUAUUAUCAGUGUAAAUUAUCUAAUAUCCAAGAUUAUAUUCUUAUAUUAGAAUCAAUGUUACAAACUGUACCAACCUUAGCAUUGAUUACGGUUAAUAAUGCUGGCGAACAAUUACAACAGCAUGUACCAUUAUCGUUAGAACAAAAAAUAGCCAGUUGUUUAGUAUUAAACAAAAGCGAGUAUCCAAUACCCAAAUCGUCAUUUUUACAAUAUACACAUUUACUGGCAUUAAUUCGUUUAAUUUGGUGCUUAGCUGCUGAUAAUAGUGGAAAAAAUCGAAAAACGAUGACAGCCACAUUAGAAACAUAUUUAACAUCGGAUUUUGAUACGAUACAUAAACAUUUUAAACAAGAUCAUGUAGCUGUCAAUUUGAGAACGGAUGAAAAUAUUGUUGAUGAUGAAGAGGAUGAUGAAGAAGAUGAUGAAAGUCAAAUAUUAGUGUGCCGUGAAGCUCUCGAAAUAUUAUCUUUAUCAAUUGUUCUCGUUCAUACAUCGAUUGAAAAACUGAUCCACGAACCAUUUUUCGAAAAUUUUCUCAUCGAUUUGAUAUUAUACUGUCGUCAUCAAUUGAUUCGUCAUACAGCUUAUGAACAAUUUUUUCUCUUGGCUUCGCGUGCUAGUACGGGUGAGAAAGUUCUUCAGUAUAUUAUACAUAUUCAAUUUAAGCUAUUAGAUAAGACAUCCAAGUUUCGGGACGAUCUUCAAAUAUAUUCUCAACAGUCGAAUGAAUAUUUUCUAUUGUUAUGCCGUUUAUUAUCAUUUGCAUUAGCAAAUCAAGUAAUACCGCCCGAUAUCGAUAAACAAUUGAAUGAUGAAAUAGAUUGGUUAAAGAAUGUAACAAUAAAAUCGCAGAGACAAUUAACACUAAUGAAUGAUCAGUUACUUAAAGGACAUUUGAAUGUAGCAAAAGAAUUAUUAGCUUUUCAGAAUAGUGAAAGAAAGAGUUAUUACGGUAUUACACAAUCACUUAUAGAAGAACUAAUUGAACAAUUUUUAUUUCCUGCAUCAACAUUAUUAUGUCAUUUUCGACGAAAACGCCUUCAGCAGAGACAAUCACAACAGAAUGUACUUCAUGAAAAUAGUAAUGAUGAUGAAAUGGAUUUAUUGAAAGAACCACCUGUUGCUAUAUGUCAAACACCACAGACAUCACAAGCAGCAUUCGAUCUUCUUGUCGUAUUGGGAACAAAUUGUAUUGAUAAUUUAAAAUUAAUUGAUGAGUAUAUAACAGAUUUAUUUUAUACAGUUCCUGAUUCAACAUUAUCUGAAUGGGAUUUUUCGCCUCCUGUUGGUCCGCGUCCAAAUCGUGGUUAUGUUGGUUUGAAAAAUGGUGGUGCCACAUGUUAUAUGAAUUCAGUAUUACAACAGUUAUUUAUGAUCAAACCAUUAAGAUCUGCAUUAUUAUCGAUAAAAAUUCCCAGUCAUCACGAUGAUGAAACAGAUGAUGAUGAAAAACGUGAUUUGUCUGACUCAUUUAUGGAUUCAAAAUCUUUUCUUGUUUCGACGACUACAACAAAAAAUUCACCAAGUAAUAUGAGUUUAAAUAAUAAUCAACAAAAUGAUCAACAAGAAUCGAAUGAGAAUAAUGGAAAUGAAAGUGGUGGACAAAAAACGUCUACAUCAUCAAAAAAUGUUGAUCGAACCGAUUAUAAUAUUUGUAUAUUAAAACAUAUACAGCGAAUAUUUGGACAUUGUUUAGAAUCAAAAUUACAAUUUUAUAUACCAAGAAGUUUUUGGAAAAUAUUUAAAUUUUUUGGUGAACCAGUGAAUUUACGUGAACAACACGAUGCUGUUGAAUUUCUAAAUACAAUUGUUGAUAGUAUUGAUGAAGCACUCAAAUCACUCAAUUUACCACAAAUAUGUUCGAAAGUAUUAGGUGGAACAUUUGCCGAUCAAAAAAUAUGUAAAGAUUGCCCGCACAGAUAUUCUAGCGAAGAAGAUUUUACGUUAGUGAGUGUUGAUAUUCGUCAUAGUCAAAAUUUGAAAGAAUCACUCGAACAAUAUGUUAUUGGAGAACUUCUUGACGGUCCAAACGCCUAUUUUUGUGAAAAAUGUAAUAAAAAAGUUGAUACUGUCAAACGGACCUGUUUCAAAAAAUUACCACCAAUUCUUGCCAUUCAACUGAAACGAUUUGAUUAUGAUUGGGAACGUGAAACACCAAUUAAAUUUAAUGAUUAUUUUGAAUUUCCAAGAGAAUUAAAUAUGGAGCCUUAUACGGUGCAAGGUUUAGCCAAAGCUGAAGGUAUUACCGAAACCGACGAUUAUUCGAUUGUUCGAGAUGAAAAUGGUUCUAUUAAUUCUGGAGGAACAUAUUAUAAACUUGUGGGUACCAUUGUUCAUAGUGGUCAAGCCAAUGGUGGGCAUUAUUAUUCGUUUAUUCAAAACAAAGAUGAUAUUAAUCCGGAUCAAUCACAUUGGUAUAAAUUUGAUGACGUUGAAGUUAGUGAAUGUAAGAUGGACGAUGAUGAAGAAUUACGUUCACAAUGUUUUGGUGGUGAUUAUUCACCACAAACAUUUGAGCAACCUGUUAUGAAACGGUAUUUUCAUUGGAUGAUAUAA